AUGACAUCAAACAACUCCAUAUUGGACGUUCAGUACAACACGGGUUGCUGCGAUGGCAGUAGUCCGAACAAUCAGAAUAUGGGAACCACACCGGAGCCUUCUUGUUUCCGCAGUACCCGAGGAACCCAGGACAACCCAACCGUUGUCCCGGUGGACGAGAUGACAGUACUAGUAGCAAACGAAAUGAACAAGCUGACCUUCCAGGAGCGGGAGGUUGUUUACGAAGACCUACACGGCGUCUCGAGACCUGGAAAGGAAUGCCACGAGACGCUCGCCCAAACAAUUGCAGACACACGCAACGAGAUUGCCAGCAUACGCCUCAAAGCGGCACACAACAAGGCUGUCUUCCUCAACCCAGAAUACGUGAACAGCGAGAACUUCAUUCUCAUGUUCUUACGAGCAUGCAAAUUUGACCCCAAGAAGACUGCGAUCAAGAUUGUUGAUCACUUCAAGUACAAGCUAGAACUCUUUGGGUAUGAUAACUUGGGCAAGGAAAUAACGUAUGAAGAUCUCAAUGAAGGAACGAGGAAUGCACUCUCAUCGGGGGCUGUGCAGCUUCUUCCCAACAGGGAUAAAGCAGGCAGAGCAAUCGUCUUCUUUUCCUUUGCUUCUCUGCGCUAUGAAAAUGCAGAUGAUCAGCUCCGAGCCAUUUGGUACAUAAUGAUGUGCAAACUGACAGAUCCCGAAGUUCAAAGGCACGGAACCGUACAGGUGCACUACAAUGUACACUACUCCACUCCGAACCUUCAUCUUGACCUUCUCUUGAGAUCAUCAAUGAUCGCAAAGGCCAUGCCGCAACAGAUACUGGGCGUACACUUUUGCUAUGAUAACGAGAUUGUGCAGCCCAUCCUAUCAAUGCUGCAAAUGAUUGUUGGCUCUGCCGCAAGGUUGCGCUUCCGAUCACACUUUGGAUCUCCACUGGAGAUCAAAUACUCCUUGCAAAACUUUGGCAUUCCAUACGAGUCCCUUCCUCUUGACCAUAAUGGCCAGAUGGACUGCUCCAAGAUACACGCCUUUAUUGAAGAGCAAAUACAGGCCGAAGAAAGAAGGAAAGAGCAAGGGGGACGCAUCCUGCAUCCACGUUCAAGAGAUGUUCUAAUGGGCCGCGGAUGGCAUCAGCAGGAACAUCCCGGUAAUUUGGAACUUGCCCGAAUCGUGGACGAGAAGCGACACGAAUACAAGGCUGCUCGAAAACUACACAAGACGAACCUCAACUGGACGAUUGUGGAAAUCAUCAAGGAUGGUGGAGGUCGAUUCUUGGAACGGUCUCACGAUUCGGAUGAAUGUGCAGGAGUUGGCUGGGCAGAAGCCAGCGACGAGAACGCAAGAGACAAGGUCAGCAAAUGCUUUCGUACGACGACGAAACGCAACUCCAAGAAUGGUGGGUCCGCAGCAGCGGCAAUGCCAAACAUGAACAACGAUGCCGAGCCAUUCCCAGUAUCAUCAUCAUAUCCUUUCGAUUCCGUUCCAAACAAGAAAGCACGAGUUGCAAUAUAA